UACCACAAUCAAUCUGUCGCCAAUCCCUCUCGCGCUGCUGCCCGCAGCUUUCCCAAUCCGCACUUCUCGCACUCCGUGUCCUGCUUUGGAGCUUGAUCCUCUCGUAGAUGGGGAUAAGGUGGCGUUUCCGACACUUGGGUAGUUAGAGGGAUUUUUGUCACAGCCGCGGAGCUCCGGUAGGUGGAUCGCGGAGGCGGGGUGAAUCGUGCUGGAUCGGCGCUGUGGAUCGCAGCACAAUGUUGAGAUUGAGGCCCAUGGUUUAGUCUGUACCAGGAAGUUGUUGUAGAGUGGGUGUGUGAGGUUUAACGGUCGAGGUUUCCGGGAGAAAAAAGGAGAGGAAGAGAGAAAGAGUUUUUAUGCGGUGCAAGCGGUUGCGAGAGCGGAUGGCGGGGGCUAAGACUCCGUCGAAGUCCGCUAGCAAGAGCAAGAAUGGCAAUGGGUCGUAUUACGAACAAAUACUGGCUCGUCUCUUCAACCGGUUCGGACGCUGCAAGAGCCACCAGAAAUUUCUAAUGCUCGGCCUCGAUGGAGCAGGUAAGACGACCCUUCUGCGCAAACUGAAACUUCUUGAGCCUCCCUCCCAACCAACUGUGGGGUUCAACCUGGAGUCGCUUCAGUACCGGCAACACACAUUAGUCAUAUGGGACGUGGGCGGCCAAGAGAAGAUCCGCGCACUCUGGCACCACUACUUCAUCCAGUCCCAGGGCUUGAUUUUCGUUUUAGACAGCAGCGACCCCAGCCGAAUUCCUGAGGCUAGGAAAGAGCUUCAGAAGCUACUCCAUGAGCCUGAACUUAAAGACGCGAAGCUACUGGUGUAUGCUAACAAGCAGGACGUUCAGAACUGUCUCAGCGUCUCCAACUUGGUCGACAUGCUCGACUUGUCGAUUGGCGAGGAUCGACAAUGGCAUAUGCAGGGGUGCAGUGCUAGCACCGGGAAGGGCGUCUACGAGGGCCUAGACUGGCUGGUGGACGCAUUGAGACCCUGCUAAUCCUUCACCAUGUAAUUCUCCUGAUACUCUACGUUCUCACUAGGUUGCUACAAUUAGACCAACAGCAGCAAGAGCUCGGAUCGGCUAGCUAUGUCGUCCUCCCUGCAAUGUCAAGGGAAGUGAUGCUGAGAUUAAGACGUCUAGACAUCUAGUUUUUCCAUGGCAUCGGUGCUUAAUUCUUCUACCGUGUUGUGAUCAAUGAUUUAACACGACAGCGUGGAGCGUCUCGACGUGCAUCUCACCAUGGUGUCCCAUUGUGUAUCAACAGCAUCUUGGCGUCUGUGUCUGCUGCAAGAAAGACGUCACGCUUUUUGGCUCCUCAUUUUAUUUUAUUUUAUUUUUCGAAUACCUCUGGGAAUAGGUGCUUGGGUACAUUGAAUUCGGUCAGUUUCUAUGUAGAGUAUUUUAUUUUUAUUUAUUUUUAUUAUUACUUUCUUCUAUCAAGUGAAAAUAAUUACACCGGCUAUCCAGUUCCUGCCGAA